AUGAUUUCUUCAAUUAAACCGGUAUCGCCCUCCUUAACCGCAAUCGGCGGCGUAAGGCGAUCAGCUCCGGGAAAGCUCCGGUUUUCUCCCUUACCCAUCAUCAGAAACUUCGAGAAACCUAAUCCUUUCCCUCUUCAAGUUUUAUCUGCUCAGAAUUUUUCGAAUUUCUCUGUGUCGGCGGCGGCGCAGAGGCGUGAUGUUUUCAAGGUUGGAGCUUACGAGGCCGAUCGAUCUCAGCCGAUUGAAAUCGGUAUUGAAAUUUCUGACGAACAAUCGAGGCAGAAGGUAAAGAUUGGGAUCUACUUCGCGACUUGGUGGGCACUGAACGUUGUGUUCAAUAUAUACAACAAGAAGGUCCUGAACGCUUUUCCUUACCCGUGGCUAACUUCGACGCUUUCUCUUGCUUGUGGGUCUCUGAUGAUGCUCGUCUCUUGGGUCACUAGAGUCGCCGAAGCUCCCAAAACCGAUCUCGAUUUCUGGAAAACUCUGUUCCCGGUGGCAGUGGCUCAUACGAUUGGACAUGUAGCAGCGACAGUGAGUAUGUCGAAAGUUGCAGUGUCUUUCACACACAUCAUCAAAAGUGGUGAACCAGCCUUCAGCGUCCUUGUCUCGAGGCUCUUCUUAGGCGACACAUUUCCUCUACCAGUUUACCUCUCCCUCUUACCCAUCAUCGGAGGCUGCGCUCUCGCUGCUGUCACCGAACUCAACUUCAAUAUGAUCGGGUUUAUGGGGGCUAUGAUAUCGAAUUUGGCGUUUGUGUUCCGCAACAUAUUCUCAAAGAAAGGGAUGAAAGGGAAGUCAGUGAGUGGGAUGAAUUACUACGCUUGCUUAUCUAUGAUGUCUCUUCUUAUCGUCACUCCUUUCGCCAUUGCUGUGGAAGGUCCCCAAGUGUGGGCUGCUGGUUGGCAAAACGCUGUAUCCGAGAUUGGACCAAACUUUGUCUGGUGGGUAGUGGCACAGAGUGUGUUCUACCAUUUGUAUAAUCAAGUCUCGUACAUGUCACUCGACCAAAUUUCACCCUUGACAUUUAGCGUUGGAAACACGAUGAAGCGGAUCUCAGUCAUCGUUGCCUCGAUCAUCAUCUUUCACACCCCGAUUAGACCUGUCAAUGCCCUCGGUGCUGCCAUUGCUAUUCUUGGAACUUUCAUCUACUCUCAGGUAGAGUGAACAGGCGAAGCAGUGAGGAGACUGAAGUCGGAGCGGUUUCACAGGGGAAUUUUGAUACACCAAAGAUACUGAGAAGUGAGAACAGAGGACAUAAGAAUAUUCCUAUGAAGAUCUCAGGAGGGUUAUGUGAUCGUUGGAUCUGAGGAAAUGGAGUUGGAAGAUCAACGGCUUAAAAUCUUUGCAUACUGCUUUGAUAUGUAUAAUGUAAUUUAACCUUCUACCAAUAGGAUCCAAAGAUCAACUGAUUGAUUUGAACUACCACUCCACUGUAUAAUCUAAAGUUAAUACAAGACCCACUAAAUAUAUAAUAUUCUCCUUUUUCUGACGUUGUUUA